AUGUGCAAGCAGGUGUUAUAUGAAAUCUUUGCCGGCCAUCAAAUCACAGAGGGUAUGCUUGAUGAGGCUGCGAAACUCUUCAGUGAACACUACGGGAUCUGGGGUGAGCAUUCACACAACCCAGUAACCGCCGAUGGCAAAUUCGCUGGGAAUGUCUUCGCUUGUCGCUGGGAACAUGACCACAAGAUUAUCUGUUGGGUUACUCAACUAUUAGUACACAAAAACUAUCGCCAGCGGGGACUAGCCACUGACAUCCUAGCAUGUCUCAAGUCCAAUAAAAUCAGCGAUUCAUAUGGGAUCAUGAGUUCUCACCCAGCUUCUAUUAUGGCGACUGCAUCAUCUUUUGGAUUCACCAUUGAUGGUAUUGAUCUUGAUUUUGUCAGGAUAAAUGCCAAGGGUAUCAUCCGGGCGUUGCCAAUACCCUCCGUUCGAGAUGCAAAACUGCGCGGUCUCUUGUUCGAAGAAUUUGACGCAUCGACGGGACUAGUUUGUGGGGCGGGUACCAACUUCUUUGUUGAUCACAAAGAGCCUGAAGAGACUUUAAAUUCGAUUCCUCGGACUAGAAAAUGGUAUUUUGGAAAGUUGCCAGAAGGUCAUGAGUAUUUGCUUAUUCUAAAGGGCAGACCCCGUUGAAUGAGAGAUAUACUCUCGAUCCCAAUGGUCUUUGACUCGUGUCAUUUCUCUCAUCAGUUUUCAAAAAGAUUGGAAGAUUCACAUCAAUCAGAUGUCUUCUGUCCUCGAUCUGAUCAUUAAGAACUC